AGAGAUGAGUCAUAACAUAUGCAUUUUGGUUUAUAGUCUUAUAAUUAUUUGGACGAGUCACUUUAGGUUUUUGAAUUAUGAAAUUAAUAGAUAAAAAACGAUGUGUUUUGGUUAAGUGGUGAUUUACUGACUAUCCUUUUCAAAAUAAAUUAUUGCGAUUUUAAAAUAUUAGUGGUUGGAUUAUAUUUUAGAAUAAAUCUAAAAAUUGGGUUUUUUUAUAGAGAAAUUGAAAGAAAUGAUUAAAAUUGUUAUAAAGUAUAAACUUUGGGAAGUUUCAGCUAAUUGGGCCUAAUAAAAAGAGAAACCGUUGGAAGUUUGACAGGUAUUACCGUUGGAAGUUUGGCAGGUAGUGCCUAUAUAUACGGGCGGUUCUUCACAUAAGUCACACAUUACAAGACAGAAACUAAAACACACUCCUGCGUCUUUCCUUAUUCUCUCUGGAGACGUACUGAAAUUCAAGAAACCCUAACUAGAUAGAAAUCAAUUUCCAAGAACAAUGCAGCAAUCCAAAGAUCAAUUACCAGUUGGGUAUAGAUUCAGCCCUACAGAGGGGGAGUUAGUGGGUCACUAUCUCUUUAAGAAACUCAAAGGCAGUAGCCUUUUACCCUUUGAGACAAUGUUGGUAGCCGAUAGUAACCUGUACGACAAGGAUGAGCCUUGGCAGUUAUGGGAGAAAUCUGGUGCCCGGUGUUCGUUCAACAGUGAUGACCGUGAGAUUUACUUGUUCACUCCUUUAAAGAAGAAGCGUUCGAGGAUUUUGCGAAGUGUUGGUGAUGGUGGUACUUGGCAUGGCGUGGAUUCUGGAAAGCCUGUUAAAGCUAGGAUAGGUGAAGGACAAUGGAUUAAAGGAAUGAAGAAAACAUUUAAUUACAGAAACCCAAAAUCUAUUCAUGAUGGCUGUUGGAUUAUGCAUGAGUUCUCUUUGUUUGACGUCAGCUCCGACUGGGUUCUUUGUCGUCUCAAGAAGAAUUUUGUUACUGAUGAUCAAAAAGGGUGCGAGAUUACAAAAAGGAUUUCAUGGAAGAAUAGGAAAAUUGUCGACUCUGAUGGUGAAUGUGACAAGCGUUUGAUGACUGCUGAUGUAGCAAUUGCAGAACAACCGGCGUUAUCAGAUUUUAGUUUUAAUGGGGCUUCAGUUCUUGUGGUAGCUGAACAAGGCAAUGCCAACACCGCAGGAGCAGACUUCAACUCUGAGAUGGUUCCAUCUGACAACGGUUUGCAGGCUGAAACAAUUGUCGCAGAAGGAGAAAUAUUACCUGAAGUCAAUUCUAAUGAGGGCGAUCAAUUAUUAGGUCACGAGAUCGUUGAGUGGGCUCAUAACAGUUCCUCCAUGAUCAAUACGGAUCUUACCUUCUCUAACGGUGAGCAGUCAGGCGAUGAUCAAAGCUUUUAUGCUGACCUUGAAUCACUAAAUCAGUCCGAUUCUUAUUUAGCCUAUCUACUGGAAGACGAUGACAUGCCUUCUAAAUUUGGUAGUAGAUAGCUGAACAAAUUUUGAUUUCAGAUAUAUAUGCAUAUAGCUAUAGAUUUGUCUUGAACAGUUGCUAGAUACAGGUUUCCUACCAAGGUCUAAUUUUGUAUAAAUUCAAUACGUACUUGUUGAUUGUUGUCUGUGGUUUGGCUUUGGAUAUUUGGGUGCAUGGUUUCUCAUAGCAAUUCAAGCUGCUACUCUCUUUAUUAUUAAUUAUUGUUGUUUCACUCUCAUACUCUGGAAAAAGACAUACAUUCUAUAUGUCAGAUUAAAUUAAUGCUGAAAUCCUUGAAUGCCCAGGA